UUCUCAGUAUGCAAGGCCAGCCCAUGAACCUGGGGUCAGCGGAGGAGGAGCUGAGCUGUCUCUGUGAAGAACUAACAACAGCUCCAGACCCUGAGGCUCUGUUUCAGGCAUCUUCCAAAAUGGCCAGGGCUGUUAGUGAGUACUUCCCUUCCGAACAGGCUGCAGACUUUAUUGAGACCACAAUGGAUAGUAUGCUGUCUGCUAACCCCACCUGUGCCACGGCAGCUGGGCUAUGGAUGAAGAUCAUCCUAAAGGAAUGUGGAGAUGCCAUGCUGGACCAGGUGCCAGCUAUCCUGGAUAUAAUAUAUAGCCACAUGUCUAAUAUCCAGGAGGGCAGCUUGAGGCAGUUCCUGCUGGAGGCAGUGCUCAUUCUAGCUCACCAGCACCUAGAGGCAGUGAUCUCCAGCCUCCUCAGCAAACGUCUGCCGAUGGACAGUGACACCACUGAGCUGUGGAGAUCUCUGGGGGGAGACCCCUUGCUUGCCACUCAAGUCCUACAGGUCCUAAUAGAAAAAAUAAAGACGUCAACAAGCCAAGAAGGAAGCGUCACCUCAGAGACUGAAACUGACAGGCAUUUGGCAGUUGCUGAACCUCUCUCAGCAACAUGUGCCAUCUUUGAGGUGGUAUCAGCACUGCAGUCGAGCAAAGCUGUGCAGGAGCUGCUCCCAGAGUUGUUUCCUGUUCUCCUGCAGCAGGUCAGCCGAACUUUAGGCCAAAAGAUGCCUUUGCCAGUGAUCAGCAGUCAGGAGUCAUUCCAAAAAGACCGACAAGAUACUGAAGGCAACCCUUGCCGGUAAUUAGAAGGAAGGGAGAGAAACAAAGAGAAUUCCAAUAGAGUUGUGUGACAUUCCCCAGGAGUUCCCAAGGUUAUGAGGCACUUUACCAUCGCCUGCCCUUAGAGUGAGGAAGUCUUG